AUGUGUGCGCUGUAUUGGCAGCUGAAUGAUGUUUGGGCUGCACCAACCUGGUCUUCUAUUGAUACGGAUCUAAACUGGAAAAUGGUACAUUACGAGGCAAGGAGGUUCAUGGCUCCUGUUAUUGUGGCUUUGUACGCUGUUGGAUUCAACGAUAUGGGAGUGUCUGUGGUUAACGACUCUCCUGAGGAUAUCAACGAUGCAAGAUUAAUUGUUGAUAUGCUAGCUUGGGGUAAUGGGUUUGAUCCUAUCUACAGUGACGAGAAAAUGGUCGCGGUCGAGCCAAUGUCAUCCAUAGAAGUGAAAUUCCCAGAGAUGCUGAGGACCAGCGAUGCUGACUUUAUAAUACGGGCACGACUUUUGAAUAGCUCUGGUAAUUCCAUAGCUCCAGAGACGAUACUUCUUCCUGAAAGGCUUUACGAGGUAAGCUGCCAUGUGUCCAGAUGGGCUAAAAUUCGCAGUAAUUAUAGUAGACCAUAGAG